GGGGAUGUUCUUGAGCACCGAAGAACACAAAAAUCUGCAAUGAACUCGGCCUGUGUUCUCCUCCUGAUUUCUAUUGUUUUGCCGUCUCAAAGUGAAAAAUAUUCUCUGUACUAAAUGUCCAGCGCCAUAUCAAAAUCUCACAUCUCUGGAGACAUUUAUGAAUUUUACAACUCAAUCGAGCUCAAUGAUAUAGAGAUGAAUUUCUGUAACGGUGUGAAUAAAGCAACAUUCUUGACACAGUUGUGUGAGGAGUCUAAGAGACUCUUUAAAAAUGAAACUGAUGAUCUGCGUUAUGAACGAGAGUGGCUUCAAAUCAACCUCAACACAUUGAUAAGACACAUAAGAAAUGAAAACGGGACGAACGACACAGAUCUUCAUGUUCUUCAGUGGAGACACAGCUGUGCAGUUGAACAUCACUCUGAUGAUUCAGUAAUAUUCCUUCAAGGCACUGAUGAAUAUGCCUAUGAUGGAGAGACCUUGAACUUUAACCUCUCUAUGCGAAGGAAGCUUUUAGUCCUUGAUCACGGCAUCAUCUGGAAUAGAGAAUCAGUUUCCAGCCUGGAGAAUAAAUGUGUGGAAAAGUUAACCAGCUUCACUAACCUUCAACGAGAGGAAGAGUUCAUCAUGGAAUCUGAUCCUGAUGUUUACAUCUUUGUAAAAGCGUCCGGAUCAUCAGAGCAGCAGGUUCUGAUGUGUUUGGCCACAGGCUUCUACCCUAAAUAUGUGCAUAUGGAGAUCAGACACGAUUGGACACCGUUACCUGAUGAGCAGCUGCACUCGCAUGGAAUCAGACCAAAUGCAGAUGGAUCCUUUGAGCUGAUGAAGAGCCUGGAGAUCUUGCUGUGUGAAAGAUGUCUCUAUUAUUAUGUGGUGAAUGAAAAGAUUCUGCCAGACGAAGAAUUGUUUCCCUGUUCAGCUGAUCAUGGUGGAGGUGAAAGCAUUUUUGUCAUUGUAAUUUUGGUCAGUUCAACUGUUUCCAUCAUUGUUCUCACAUUUUAUCAACUAAUAAAGUUUAUUAAACGUCAAAAAAAGCUGAAUAAACUGAAGACACCAUCACAAGUGGAACUAUUGACUGAGGAGCUUCAUGAAACUCAAAGUCUUUGUGAGGCUAAAGAGACUCCAGCAGCAGCUCCUACAGCAGCUCGAGGUGAAAUGGGCUCUAAAAACAUCUCCCUGCCUAAUUUUGCCAUGGAGAGAGAAGACACAGAUCAGAACUCUGUUACCCAGAAUGCUCUGCAGUUAGCGCUGAUACAACAUUGCAGAUUCAAGAACAUUUCAAUGCCAAACCUUGCUGUAGAAGGGACACCAGUGACUCCAGUUAGAUCAGCUGAUUUUCUUAUAGAUUUUACAGGCUGAUUUAGAUGUUACUUCUGUCAUCAAUGUCAAAAGUACAGGAACUUCUGAAUGGGACUUCUGAAUGUCAUAUGUGCUUGACAUUUCCUUACUUAUUAGUGUAGUGUCAUUCUCUAGCAAGCUUUCAGAUACACACACCCACUCCUGAAAGCUGAAAUAAAAUGCUUUCAUUGCACGGUAAUGUUUUUAUUUUCCUUUUUUUAUGUUUAAGAUAAAUAUCACCAUUGUACUGCUACCAUUAAGUAUUUCGUGCAUUUUUAGUUGCACACAAGACUUUGAGGAAAUAAAAUGUAUUCAGAAUCCUCUGUUGCUUUAAUGUUAAAUUUUAGAGUUGUGAUUUCCAGGCCAGGAUAAGUCAUGGAAACUAUGGCAUUUUAUAUUGACAUACGGAAUACUUUUAUAGCUAUACUAAGCUCUCAAAUAUUUCAUCAGCAUAUUGCGCUCUUUUGGUACUUUUCCGUUUUGUACACUUUGUUGAAUAUGAGAUGUUAAGAUAUCCAACGUUUGUUAAAACUUGUAGAACUUGGUGGUGUGUCUGAU